AUGCAAAUUUCGAUCCAAAGGGCCUAUAAAGGCCCCCAAAGCGGCGAGAAGCCACAGAUCAUGGCGAAGUGUUAUAGUUGUGGGGGGUCACUCAAGUGCCCGAAACCAUCGUGCCAACACAAGCGAAGGAAGGCGACACCAAAGAAGCUCACCACCAAUGGACUGUUGGAGGCAUUGGUAGCGAUGGCCAACCGGAGACUCCAAGACAAGCCCCACAAAUCCGCACCAUCUGCUCCCGGACAAGGCACCCGCCUCCAUUCCCGGGUCCUCCAAGGAACACCAACCGCAGCCUGGCACCUCUCAACAAGAACCCAUGGACGAGGGAGAGAUCACCGACCACCUUUUGAUAAGUUGACCCCAGAAGAGAUCGAAAAACUCCUCCGCCAUACUUAG